AUGGCUCAAAGCAAGAGUGCAGCUUAUGAUUAUUUAAUGAAGAUUUUGCUGACUGGAGAUUCAGGUGUUGGCAAAUCAAACCUAUUUCUCCGCUUCGCGGACGAUUCUUUUACUCACUCUUUUAUAUCUACACUUGGGAUCGACUUUAAAAUUCGAACAAUUAAGAUGGAUGGUUUACGAAUCAAACUCCAGAUAUGGGAUACUUCGGGUCAAGAGCGUUUUCGUAUGAUUACUACAGCUUAUUAUCGUGGUCCUAUGGGUAUACUUCUGGUAUAUGAUGUUACCGAUGAACGGUCUUUUAACAGUAUCCUUAAUAAUAUAAGGAAUUGGUUUUCGCUUGUAGAAAAACAUGCUGAUUCAAGAGUUAAUAAAAUCCUUAUUGGAAAUAAAUGUGAUUGGGUUGAAAAAAAGGCGAUUACUAAGGAAGAAGGCCAAAAACUUGCAGAUGAAUUUAGAAUCAAAUUUUUAGAAACCAGUGCCAAAGCAAACAUAAAUGUUGAAGAAGCAUUUUUUACAUUGACCAGAGAUAUCAAAAAGCGGCUUAUAGAUCCACAAGAAGAAUUUACAAGUGAUCUUCAAAGAUAUUUAAGCCGUUGGAUAAAUGAAAGUUUUUAUAUAAAAACCUUUAAAAAAGCAGACAAAAUAACUAAGCAUGAUUCUGGACCUUCAAAUAAUUGUGUAAAUACU